AUGUUGUUGAAAUUGUGUUUGUUCGUGACCACACUGACAAUAAUUUCUGGUUAUGUGGAAGUUUCGGGUUUUUCACGAAGAAGUGUCGGCGAUGGAAAUUCUGCGAGUCACGAGGACCUUGUAGAGACAGUUUUCAACAACACGGGUCGUGCAUUUCCACAGAAAAGUGCCGAUAAUAUUGCGAAUUCGACAGUGAAUUUAAAAAUGGCAACUGUCUGUGAAACGCCCAACGGAGAUGUGGGCUUCUGCUUAGGCAUCAGACAAUGCCAAAAACUGUUGAAUCAGCUGGCCAACAUGAAAGCGAGGAAUUUCCUCAGGGAGUCGAUGUGCGGUCCCUACAACGAGGACAGGCAGAACCCUAAAGUGUGCUGCGGCCAAUCCGACAACUACAGAAAUGUUAGCGAACAUAUUGCCAAGAAUAUCCCUUCUAAAGCGGACGAUCUCAAGCGAAUCUUCCCGAAGCGGUGCGGCAUUCAGCGCACGAAGAUGUCCGGCCGGAUCAUCGGCGGCACCGAGGCGCAGCUGGGCGAGUUCCCGUGGAUGGCGCGGCUGGAGCACAAAACGAGGCGCGGCGCGAAGUCGCUGGGCUGUUCCGGCUUUCUGGUGCACGCGAAGUACGUGCUGACUGCUGCGCAUUGCGUCGACGAGGGGUUCGUCAGGGCGAGAGGACCGUUAUUUGCCGUGAUCCUGGGUGAGCACGAUAGCGAAUCGAAAAUCGACUGCGACGUAGGCAACAGAAGUUGCGCCGAUCCCCCCCAAAUCAGUCGCGUCGCCAAAGUGAUCGUCCAUCCCGGGUACGAUUCCCAGGCGGUCGCCCACUACAACGAUAUCGCCCUCGUUCACUUGAAUAAGGGCGCCAGAUGGACAGAAUACGUCCAACCUAUUUGCUUGCUAACAGAUUCUUCUAAGGUGGUGCCACAAAAGUACUUCCUCAGCGGAUGGGGCAAGACAUCUGAAGAUGUGCCGAUGAGCCCGGUCAAGAUGAAAAUCGAUAUCCCCGCGGCAGACAAGUCCUCCUGUUCAGAACGCUACUUCUCCUUAUUGGGCAUCGACUUGGCACCAACGCAGAUCUGCGCGGGCGGCGAGCCGGACCGAGACAGCUGCAACGGCGACUCGGGCGGCCCGCUCAUGCUGCCCGUGACCGACCGAGAGGCGGGCGCCGGCAGGGGCAGUUCGACCACGUGGUACGCGGCGGGGAUCGUCAGUUUCGGCAUCGGGUGCGGGGUGGAAGGGUGGCCUGGGGUGUACACGAAUGUGGUCGAGUUCGUGCCGUGGAUCGAGGAGGAGAUGGCGAAGAAUAGCCUGGUGGCGGGGGUGAAGGGGCCUGGUAAGGUCAAGAAGAAGAGGAGGAGGAACCAGCAGACCGGGCUUUGA